CUCACCCCCUCGCACACCCUAACCCCAAUUUUGUGAACAUUCAUGGCCUGCCAUACAAUUUCUAUUGGCCUGAGGGCCACAUCUGGGAAAACGUUUGUCCACUCCUACUCUAGAGCGUUGAUUUUGGGGGAGGAAGCCCCAGCUUGGGAACAAACAUGUUUAUAAUGUGUUUUUUGCCCCGAUGUUCUACCACAGGCACUGAAUGGCUCAGCUGCAACUGGCUGUGUGUCCACCUGUGGAUUCUAUGGUGGCAGCUCCCAGUCUUCCAUUGACAGGGCAGAAGAGAUACCAUCCCAAGGCCCUUGGGCACCAGUCCCAGCUAGAACACCUGAAGAACAACUUCCAGCAGCAGCUCCUGCGUGACAAGGAGGAAAAACUGAAGGAUCUUUGCAUCUGCAAAAGCCGGAGUUAUUCCUGCUCUCUCUUUUCUGGGAGCAACCAGCAAGACUCUGGACUAGAAGGCUUCUACUCUGCUGGACCCCACAGCAGGUAUCUCACCAGCCAGACCAGUACUUUGCCCUCCAAGUGGGCAGCCAGGCGGAGAGAAGGGGUGGACCGGUCCUACCCUCUGAAACCAGUCUUUCACCGCAAGGCUGAGAGUGUUCCAGUGGUCAGCACAGGUCCGCUCAGGAGCUCACCACCCAUGGCUGAAUCUCCCAGCAAUAGAUCUAGCUCAAAGAAGAGAGGAAAGUUGCCAGCAGCCAGGGCCCAACCAGCUGUAUUCCCAUCUCCUUUGGCAGCAGAGCAGCCUAAGCAGUCAGCCACACAUCCAAGCAGGGCAGAGUUGGGUUACAUCCAAAGGCUGGAGGCAGCUGGGCAGAGCCUGGAGGAGGAGAUCCGAAGGAAAGAGGCCCUCCUCAGGGAGAAGCUGAGGAGAACAGAGGAGGAGCUCAGGCGGAUCCAGAGAGAGAAGCAGCAGGUGGAGGUGGAAGAGAGAAAGGAGAGAGAGGGUCUGAGGAUGCAAGAGAGGAAAGCGGCAGGGCUUUCUGGAGGGAACAUUUUCAGGGCUACAGCCAGGCCCAGUGAGGGGGACUGUGAUUGGGAGCAGUCUCCAGAGGGUGCCAUGCCUGUGCCAAACAAUACCCACCUUCCCCAUGUGCUGGGCAUAGAGAGACUCAAGAAGGGGCGGCUGGUGGCCAGCAACAGCAAAAUUCAAGAGCACAUGUCUUUGGAGAGCAUGGCCUCCUGUUCAAAGUUGGUCAUGAAACACAGCCAAGGUACACCUGCAGCAGCCCCCUCAGAACAAGACCCUGCAGCAGAACUGUUGCAUUCACAGGCUCCCAUUGGCGCGGAGCAGGGAGAGCUGGGAGAGUGUGGCUUCUGUGGGCGUAGGUUUCUCCACCUCCGGCUGGAGAAGCACAUGUAUGUUUGCAGCAAAAGCCAAGGCUCCAAGAGGAAAGUAUUUGAUUCAAGCAUGGCCAGAGCCAGGGGAACUGAGCUGGAGCAAUAUCAGCACUGGAAGGGCAAAAACACCACCCAGAAUGAGCCACCCAAGAACAACUGGAGACAAAAGCAUGAGUCUUUCAUCCGGACCCUCCGCCAGGCCCGUGAGAUGCAGCAUGUGAUCUCCAAAGGGGGGAAGCUCUCAGACCUGCCACCACUGCCCCCUGUAGAGAACCCAGACUAUAUCUCCUGCCCCCACUGCAACCGCCGCUUUGCACCCAAGGUGGCUGAGAGACAUAUUCCCAAAUGCAAGACCAUCAAGAACCGACCCCCACCACCACCACAAAGGAGACGUUAAGGAUGACACACUGCAGUGAAUCCUAGCUCCCUCUCCCAAACUGGCUUCCAUCUAGAGGAAGCUUUGUGUUCUUCCCAUCCCCCAAGCAGGCUGCUAACUUUUAAGAUAUCCCCAUGUAACGUGAGUAAGAAGCUCAGGCCCCAUGAACAGAAUACUAAAGUGCUUGUACUUUGAGCUGCAGUCAGCGGUUCCUGAGUGUGUGCAGAUAGGUCCAUGACAGUUUAGGCCACUACCCUACUGCUGCUGGUUCCCAUUUCUUCCCCUUCUACAGCUCUUCACAAGGAGUUCCAGUUCUCUUGAUGGAAGAGAUUGCUGGGUCUUGCUGUGAGUGGGAGGAGAUUACCAUGAUGUCCCUUGUGUAGGGAAUGGGGUUGUCGGUGGGACAGCAGCAAGGGAAGAACCACCAUGGAUAGGCUGGUCCUCAGAAUCAUGGUUGGGGCUAUGGGCAGGUGGUGGGGGUGGAAGGUUGAGGGCUCUUUCCUCUGACAUGAAGUAGUACACAGUGUGGGGCAGAGGUCAUCCAGAUCUCACAGAUGGAAAGAAGCCCUUUAGUUAGGCACAGCCGGUGCUCAGCCUUGAACCAGCCACACAAAAAUACCCCUUCCCUGCUGAGAUCAAACUGAUAUUUGUAUAAACAAUGAGGAGGCCUUGUGGCACCUUAGAGCCUAACAAAUUUAUUUGGGC